AUGAACAAUGGCGUCGCUUAUGGAGCGACUGAAAAUGAGAAGGACCCUAUUUUUGGAGCGUUAUCGGUGGCGCAAUUAAUAUUACAAAGAGAAGCGGCUGCUCUUCAAUUUGUGGCCCAUGCUCUGGAAUCCCAGCAGCGUCUCCGCGAAGAAUGGAAGCGUGCAUUGGCCCUCGCUGUUAACUAUACAUCGACGGAAACAACGACAAGAGGAGGGAAGAUCGUUCUGGUUGGCGUUGGAAAGAGCGGCAUUGUAGCACGCAAGAUUGCAUCCACGCUCACAUCUGUGGGUACACCGGCCUUUUUUCUGCACCCCAUUGAAGGGUUCCAUGGUGACUUGGGUAUUAUUAAUCCUGGUUCUGAUGUUGUCUUUGCCAUGUCGUACUCAGGCAACACCCCUGAAGUGCUGGCGUUCAUGUCCUUACCACAAGUGCAGCAAUGUCCUCGCAUUGCCAUGACGGCGAAUCGCUUCGGUCGUCUUGUUCAGCUCGUGGAUGUGAUCUUGGAUUGCAGUGGCCCGGACAAUCUCCUACAACAAGAGAAUGGUGUGAUCAAUACGUCUAGCACAGAGGCCUGGCCUCCCAUACCGGCGCCAACGACCAGUACGACUAUUAUGAUGGCACUUGGAGAUGCAUUUGCUAUGUCUUUGACGAACGCUAAAGGCAUUGAUUGUACAGCGUUUUUUGCCAAUCAUCCAGGUGGGAAUCUUGGCCAAGUAGGUCAGCUAAAACCAGCGCCCGACAAGGAAGAAACCAACUGA